AAAAUGGAUCUGCAACUCAAGUGUAAGAGGAGACCCAGGGCUUCCCUGCAAAAGUAGAAGCAGAAGGCUUUAGAAGGGUGUAACAGCGUUCCCUUUAGCUUUCCCAGCUGUGCAACUGUAUCUUCUCUCCAUUAACCUUCUCCGCUCCAUGUCACAAGCCCCAGCCUCAGGGGUGACAUCAGCCCAGGAUGAGGCCUCCACUGGUGGGGACUCCCCUGAGGUGGAGUGCCCUGUGUGUUAUCAGGAAUAUGACCAGUACCGCAAGCUUCCGCGCAUGCUGGAGUGCCUCCAUGUCUUCUGCACCGAAUGUCUCGAUAACAUCCAGUUGUCCCCACUCCACCCACCUGACCCCCACAGCCCUCCCUCAAUCUCCUGUCCCCUGUGCCGCCACUCCACACCACUAGAGGGUGGCGAUGCACAGUCUCUCCCCUGCAACUCCCGUAUCCUCGCUCAGCUCCCACCUGUUACUUUCCGGCUACCUGUAUCUGUGUCCACUCGGCUGACCACCGUGACGCAGAGGGUCAUCCUUUCUCUGGAGUCACGUGACACCCGCUUCAUCAUCUUACCCACCGUCAGCCUCCGGGUGGAGCAGAUGGGCGAGGGGUCGAGCUCACCAGAGCCCAUGGAGGGCAGAGCAGUAGUGCUGAGGAGCCACAGGAGAAGCCUGUUGUGUGUGCAGAUGCUGGUGGUGGUAUUCUGGUUGCUUUUUGUCUUGGGCUGUGUGAUUGGGGUGGUUUUUGGCCCAAACUUCUUCCGCAACUGAAAGAGACUGAGAGAAAAAAUUUGUAUCAUAGAGCCAAUUUUGUCUAAUAUAUGGCACAUAUGUAUACAUAUUAAUUAUAUAGUGCUAUACAAAAGUCUUGAGACAGCCAUAAACUAGUGAGAAGAAAAAAAUAUUUGUUGAAAACAUAAAAAAUAACAUUAAAAGCACCUCCUUGUUUCUAUUCUCACUGUCCAUUUUAUCACCUCCACUUACCAUCUUACCAUAUAAUUGCACUUUGUAGUUCUACAAUUACAGACUGUAGACCUUCAGUUUCACUGCGUACUUUGCUAGCCCCCAUUCACCCUGUUCUUCAAUGGUCAGGACCCCUACAGAACCACCACAGAGCAGUUAUUAUUUGGGUGGUGAAUUAUUCUCACUCAUUGGCACUGCAGUGACGGUGGUGGCGUGUUGGUGUGUGUUGCGCUGGUAUGGGUGGAUCAGACACAGCAGUGCUGCUGGAGUUAAUGCCACUGCUGGGCUAGCAAAAUAAUCAACCAAGCAAAAAUAUACAGCCUACAUGUCAGUGUCACUACAGUGCUGAGAAUGAUCCACCAUAUAAAUAAUACCUCCUCUGUGGUGGUGCUGUGGGGGUCCACACCACUGAAGUAAAACAAGGGGAGAUGCUGAGGUUUUUCUGUCACUAAAAAAGUAGUUUGGGCUGAAAAAACUCCUCAUAAGAUCAAAGUCAAUGGGUGGGGCUAUGUCUGAAUAGAUGGUUUUUGUGACAUCACAAAGACAAUUAAUUCAAUAUGGGCUGUUCUUGCAGCUUAGUUUCCAUAAAUUGAUGGAGGACUGAUUAGCUGAAGCAGUUAUUGGAUGAUAAGUGUAAAUGCUGGACUUUAAGAUGAGCAUAUUAAUGUAUUAUUUAGUUGUUUUUACUGUAAUGUUUGUGUUAAAAAAAAAAUCCUUGUUAGAUAAAGUGCUUACCAAGAUAAAUACAUACAUUUAUUCAUUAUUUUCUCACAUGGCUUAAGACUUUUGCAUAGUGCUGUAUUUUCCCAUAUGAUCAUACCUUUGGAAAACUUAAAAUAUUUACAUUUAAAUUUAACAUGUAAAUAUGAUUUAGCAUUUUCACGAUACAGACCAAGUCCAAGUUCCCUGAAUUUUUUACAGCUAGAGAAAAUUCCUUUUAUUCACAUUUCUCCCUCAGGAUUUCAGAUUUACUGUGUUAUGUACUCCUACCACCGUUUACUGCAUUCAGCUUUUAGCCUGGUUGAAUCUGUAUAGGUAAUCUAGAGCUGUACAACAUAUUUCCUGUUAACUGUUAUUGCAGUAUAAUUUUUGCAAUGUUAAUAUAAGAUUGCCAUAUGCAAAUGAACCCUUUAAUAAAUCAGAAAUGUUUUCACUGUUCUAUGAGCAUCCAGAACAAUGUUCCAGACGAGUUUCUGUAGGUGUUUUGAAGAAAUCAAGAAUUCAUAUGAUCCAAAAUGGAAAAAAUGGCCAAAAUAAUGCAUGUUCAUUUAAACCUAGUCACAUCAAGGUGUUUAAGUUACAUCACAUUCCCAAAAUACAACAACAUUGUUACAAUAUGGUAUUUUGUCCAUAUCAUACAGCCCAAAUAUAGUAAAAUUACUGGACCAUUAAA